AUGCUAGUGACUUGGAUGUUGCUGGUGCUGUCCCUGCCCCAAUUUAGAACUUGUGAGAGAAAUUCCUCUUCAAAAUGCCUGGAAGACAGCAAUGAGUUCCUUGAGAACCUUCAGUCUGAAAACCCCCAAAUGUACGCCUUAUUAAUGUAUGAUGCCAUUGGAAAAGAAGGCAGCAAUGUUCUACAUGGAAAUAUUGAUCAAUUGGGGUCCUACAGCGAAUGUACCUCAGUUCAAACUCCUUCUGGAAAGUUUAGUGGACAAUAUUGUAAACUGACAAUUCAACAGGGCAAGAUUGACUAUAAUGUCGCUAUUUGUGUACCUGAUUCUUGUAAGGAUGAAGAUAUAAUGAUGCUUGAAUGGCUUGGUUUUUUCAAGUACCACAACACAUCUUUCAUAGCUCCUUCACUAAUACUCUCGUUCCUUGUGACUAACAAUACGUACAGAGUGAAAAGUGUCCAUUGCCAAAAUAAUGUUCCUUACAUUGAUGCAAUUGUUGGCAUUUGUAUGUUUGUUGUUGCUCUUUUCAUUAUUAUGACAAUAGCUGGGUCCAUAUUUAUAACAAUAAAAGAGUGGAAGAGCAGAUCACCUGGUAACGAGUUGAAAGAUGGUUUAAGUUCAGCUCACAAGCACUAUGGGGUAGUUUCAUUUAAUAAAAUAAAUGGCCAACAAUUGCAAGUAAGUAUCACAAAAUCCAAACAUGAAUCACCAGAGCAUAAUGCAAUGGAGACAACAGAAAAUAACAAUGGAGCAGUCUUUGCAGGAUUCUUCAAUAGGAUACUAACAAGCUUUGCCAUACAAAAGAGUGUCCCUGCUGUGUUAUCCACUGAGAACACUACAGGAACCUAUUCAGUAAUAAAUGGGAUCCGAGUCCUGAGUUUACUGUGGAUAAUUUCAGGACAUGUCUGCCAUUUUAUUUUGUUCAAUAAUUUAGAUAAUCCAAUGAAGUGGUUGGUAUCAGUCCCAAACAAUGUCCUUUAUAUUUUUUCUCUUGGUGGUCCUUUCUAUUUGGCAGUGGAUAGUUUUUUUCUGAUUAGAAUUCUUCCACUUUAUAUAUACACAAUGUGCUUAUUUAUUGGGAUGUAUUCGCUUAUUCCCUGGAGGUCCUUGGGAGAAAAUGCAAAGUACCGUUUGGAUAAUUGCAAGAGGUCCUGGUGGACAAAUCUGUUGUUUCUUAAUAACUUUAUAAUGAUUGACCAACGUUGCAUGGGUUGGACAUGGUAUCUUGCAAAUGACUUCCAGUUUUACUUCACAACACCUCUUUUCAUCUUUCUGCUGCACAGGAAUAGAUUGUUAAUGAUUGUCCUGGCAGGAUUUCUGCUGUUGGCUUGUUUCAUUGUCACUGCUUUGAUCUCCUGGUUCUUCAAACUACCAGUAGGACUUCACUUUGAUUCCAGACUGCUUACACAUGAGGUGUACAAUAUACAAUACUAUACAAAGCCUUAUUGCCGUUAUGGUCCAUUUUUGGUUGGAAUUAUGCUGGGCAUUUUAAUGCAUUAAAGAAAAACAUCUUUGCUGACAACCAAGACUCAGGCUCUUACUGGUUGGCUGUGUUCUCUGAGCACCAUGGCUGCCGUGAUAGCAUUGGGAUAUGCACUAGACGACUCAGUUGAGUCCUACUCUGUCCUUCCUGUGCUGUAUCAAGCAUUGCAUAGAACUGUAUGGGCUGCUGCAGUUGGCUGGAUCAUACUUGCAUGUGAAGAAGGAUAUGCAGGUUUUGUUAGAGGUUUACUAUCCAGCAGGUUAUGGAUCCCACCAGCCAACCUCAGCUACGCUUGUUUUCUAAUACAUCCUGCUGUAAUAGGUGUGUAUAAUGGGCUACAGGAGACACUCUUUCAUUAUACAGACAUCAACAUGUUUUACCUCUUCAUAGGUCAUACAGUUUUGGCACACAUUCUUGGAUUUGCUCUAUGCAUACUCAUUGAAAUUCCUAUUCAAACGUUAAGGAAAUAA